AUGUCCGCUACUCCAAUCAUCCACCUGCGCGACGUGAAAAAGCGCACUGGAGUCUUGAACGCAUGGGAGAGGGUACGGAACAAGCCCCAGGUGCACUGGGCGAUGGAGUGUUUCGCUGAAGCUUUGGGCGUCUUUUUCUACGUGUACUUUGGACUCGGAUCUACCGCAGCUUGGGUGAUUGGGAACAUCUUGAAACAGUCUGGGCUCUCCUCUGUCUUCCAGAUCGGUUUUGCCUACGCAUUUGGCAUUUUGUUUGCCAUCGGUGUAUGUGCAGCGACUUCUGGUGGACACUUCAACCCCUGUGUUACCAUCGCAUUCACGAUAUUCAGAGGCUUUCCACCCCUGAAGGCUGUCAGAUAUAUCGUUGCGCAAAUUCUUGGAGCUUACAUUGCGUCCGCCCUUGUAUACAAUCAAUGGAAGGUCCUUAUCGUGGAGUCGGAACUUCUCUUGAAACAAGCUGGCGUCUACGAAACGACGAUGUUCACGCCCAAUGGUCCGGCCGGAAUCUUCGCUCUUUAUCUUCUUCCUGGAGCGCAAACUUUGCCUCGCGCUUUUCUUAAUGAAUUCGUUAAUUGUUUUGUGCUCGCCUUGGUUAUCUGGGCUGCUCUUGACCCUACUAGUUUCAUGAUUCCACCCGUUAUGGCUCCUUUCAUCAUCGCUGCGGCAUACGCUGGCUCUAUCUGGGGUUAUGCGGUACCCGCGAUUUCUUUGAAUUCGGCCCGUGACAUUGGUUGCCGUUUGUUCGCAUUGACCAUCUGGGGAAAGUCAGCUGCGGGAGGAUCCUACUCGGCAAUAACGGCACUUGUGAACAUUCCAGCCACUUUGCUCGCUGCGGUCGUCUAUGAACUGUUCCUCGUGGAUUCUGAUCGAGUCGUAGCUGGCUCACAUCUUGAGUUCAUGAAUGUCGCAGCAAACCACCGAAGGCACCGUCAUCAGGCCGAGGAUGACAAUCAUGGUGAUGCUGAUGACUCAUCGCAAGAGAAACCUGUAUGA